AUGCCCUUCACCCACGGGGCCGCCUGCCCACCGUCGCGCCCGGCCACCCACCGCCCCACGGCCACCAUGGGCGAGGCGCCCGAGCCGUCCCCGCAGGCCCCGCUGGCCGUCCUCUCCAAGGUGGAGCUGCGGGUGAGCUGUAAGCACCUCCUGGACCGCGACACGCUCAACAAGUCGGACCCCUGCGUCCUGCUGCUGAUGCAGUCCCAGGGCCAGUGGAUGGAGGUUGACCGCAGCGAGGUCAUCAAGAGCAACCUCAACCCCGUCUUCGCCAAGAUCUUCACGGUGGACUACUACUUCGAGGAGGUGCAGAAGCUGCGGUUCGAGGUGUACGACAGCCACGGGCACGCUGGCGUGGGCACGCACGACGACGACUUCCUGGGGGGCAUGGAGUGCACGGUGGGGCAGAUCGUGGCGCAGAAGCGUGUGACGAAGCCGCUGUUCCUCAAGUACGGGAAGUUCGCGGGCAAGUCCACCAUCACGGUCAUCUCGGAGGAGAUCUCGGGGAACAACGGCUACGUGGAGCUCGCCUUCCGGGCCAAGAAGCUGGACGACAAGGACCUCUUCAGCAAGUCGGACCCCUUCCUGGAGAUCUACCGUAUCGACGAUGACCGCAGCGAGCAGCUGGUGUACCGCACCGAGGUGGUGAAGAACAACCUGAGCCCCAUCUGGGAGCCCUUCAAGGUCUCCCUCAACUCGCUCUGCAGCUGCGAGGAGAAGAGGAAGCUGAGGUGCGUGGUGUGGGACUACGACUCGCGGGGCAAACACGACUUCAUCGGGGAGUUCUUCACCACCUUCGAGGAGAUGCAGAAGGCGAUGGGGGAGAAUAAGGUGCAGUGGGACUGCAUGAACCCCAAGUACAAAAUCAAGAAGCGCAACUACAAGAACUCGGGGGUCGUGGUGCUGCUGGACCUGAAGAUCCACAGGGUCUACUCCUUCCUGGACUACAUCAUGGGCGGCUGCCAGAUCCACUUCACGGUGGCCAUCGACUUCACGGCCUCCAACGGGGACCCCCGGAACAGCUGCUCCCUGCACUACAUCAACCCCUACCAGCCCAACGAGUACCUCAAGGCACUGGUUGCGGUGGGCGAGAUCUGCCAGGACUACGACAGCGAUAAGAAAUUCUCAGCUCUGGGCUUUGGUGCAAGGAUCCCCCCCAAGUACGAGGUCUCCCACGAUUUCGCCAUCAACUUCAACCCCGACAACGAUGAGUGCGAGGGCAUCCAGGGUGUCGUGGAGUCCUACCAGAGCUGCCUGCCCAAAAUCCAGCUCUACGGCCCCACCAACGUGGCCCCCAUCAUCUCCAAGGUGGCUCGCGUGGCGGCCGACGAGGAGCGGACGAAGGAGGCUUCGCAAUACUUCAUCCUGCUGAUCCUGACGGACGGGGUGGUGACGGACAUGGCGGACACGCGGGAGGCCAUCGUCCGCGCCUCCUACCUGCCCAUGUCCAUCAUCAUCGUGGGGGUGGGCAACGCCGACUUCACCGACAUGCAGAUCCUGGAUGGCGACGACGGCAUCCUCCGCUCCCCCAAGGGCGAGCCCGUCCUCCGCGACAUCGUCCAGUUCGUCCCCUUCCGGGAGUUCAAGAACGCAUCGCCGACGGCGCUGGCGAAGUGCGUGCUGGCGGAGGUGCCCAAGCAGGUGGUGGAGUACUACAGCUACAAGGCCUUCCCGCCCCGCUGCCCCCAGCCCGACACCCCCGACUCCAACCUCAGCUCGCCCCAGUGA